AUGACCGCAAAUCCUCCAGAUUCUUCUAUCAAUGCCUCUACAUUCUCAUUGAUAUCUUCUCUUAGGUUUGAUCCUGAUCUGCCAAGCGCCGUUCGGCAACAUGCAGGCACGUCGUACCCCGAACCGCAUGAUUCGCUCUACUAUCUCCUCCGAUACCACCAAGACCGCCUCCUAAAAGCCGCAACCAAUUUCCAGUGGCACAAGGCAAUCAGUCUCUUGCAGCAGCCCUUGGAGCAAUUUACUCAGAAGCUUGAUUCUGCCAUACCUGAUCGUAGUAAAGCAUGGCGACUACGGAUCGUGGUGGAUGUUGAAGGUCGCUGCUCUGUGGAUGUGCACCCUGCAACCCCAUGGCCUCUGCCAGGCAUGUUUCUGCCUGCAUCUUUCGAUGUGUUGGCCUCGUUGAACCCAUCAUUUCCAUGGCGGCUGGCUGUUGAUCCCGAGAGAACUGCUCCGUCUCAGUUCACUACUUAUAAGACCACAUCGCGCAGUCAUUACGACGCGGCGAGGCAGCGUGUUGGGAUUCAGUCGCCGAUGGAUCCCACGGAAGUUCUGCUAGUCAACCCCCAGGGCGAGGUAAUGGAGGGAAGUAUUACAACGGUAUAUUUCCGACGGCGGCAUCAAAACCACGGAGACGCUACGACGGAAUGGGUUACGCCUCCUCUUGCCAGCGGCUGUAUGAUCAGUGUGAGCAGGCAGUAUGCCUUGGACUAUGAGCUCUGUACAGAGAAGGCGAUUCGCCUGGACGAGCUUGUUGACGGGGAACAAUGUUUGCUAAGUAACGGGGUCAGAGGCUUUAUCCCAGCUGUACUGGAUCUUAAGGCGGUGCACUAA